AUGAAGAAUUCCCUCGUUACCAGCGCUGCGAUAGCGCUCGCCUUCGCCACCGGUGCUGUCAACGCCGUUUACUCCAUCGCCUCCAGCAGUGACAUCAAGUCGUCCGCCAAGGACCUCGCCUACGACCUCAUGAAGUUCUACGACGGAAACUUGACCGGUCACACGCCCGGCAUCUUGCCUGGUCCACCGCCCGCAGGUGAUUACUACUGGUGGGAGGGUGGUGCUUUGUGGGGAACCAUGAUCGACUACUGGCAUCUAACUGGCGAUUCCACCUACAACGACGUCGUGAUGCAGGCCAUGCUCCAUCAAGUCGGCCCCAACCGCGACUACAUGCCCCCUAAUUACACUGCGUCGCUGGGUAACGACGAUCAAGGUUUCUGGGGCAUGUCCGCCAUGACCGCCGCCGAGAACAACUUCCCGAACCCGCCGACCGAUCAGCCUCAAUGGCUCGCCCUCGCCCAAGCCGUCUUCAACACCAUGGCCAGCCCCGACAGACACGACAACACUUGUGGUGGUGGUCUUCGUUGGCAGAUUCCCCUGUCCAACAACGGAUACAACUACAAGAACAGUAAGACGCACGAAUGUCGCAUCGCAAACGGCUGCUUCUUCAACAUCGGCGCCAGACUGGCCCGCUACACCAAGAACACGACCUAUUCGGACUGGGCUGAGAAGACCUGGGACUGGAUGGAGUCGGUUGGCUUCAUCGACGCUGAGUACAACAUUUUUGACGGUGGUCACGUCGAACACAACUGCACCGAUAUCAACAAGGCCCAGUUCUCAUACAACAAUGGCGUUUACCUGCUCGGAGCCGCCAACAUGUACAACUUUACCGACGGUGACAGCAAGUGGAAGACUCGUCUCGAUGGCCUGAUCAAGGGCACCUUGAACGUCUUCUUCCCAAACAACAUCGCCUAUGAGGUCGCCUGCGAGGAACACAACACUUGCACCACUGACAUGUUGAGUUUCAAGGGCUAUGUCGCCCGAUGGAUGUCCGUUGUCACUCAAAUCGCACCCUACACUGCCGAUCAAAUCCUCCCCGUCCUCAAGACGUCGGCCGAGGCUGCUAUCAAGCAAUGUACGGGACAGGCCAAUCAGCGCACCUGUGGCUUCAAAUGGAGCACGGGGACUUAUGACGGCACAAUCGGUGCCGGUCAGCAGAUGAAUGUUUUGGCCGCGGUGUCGUCCCUCCUCAUCAACGAGGCGAAGCCGCCAGUGUCAAACACCACAGGCGGUACUUCGGUCGGUGACCCGAACGCCGGUAGCAACUCCAACAACGACCUUAGUGUCCACAGAACCCCGAUAACGACGGCGGACAGGGCUGGCGCCGGCAUCCUGACCUUCUUGGUCCUGGCGUCUGCUGCCGGCACAUUCGGUUGGAUGAGUUUCGGAGCGUAG